AGAAGGUUUACGUUUAGGUUAUGGGGGAGAUGUAAUAGAUUCAUAUUCUUUCCGCGAUUUUAAGACCGACAGUGGACGCCUGACAGGACAGAAAAACCCUAUGCCGUCAGCCCGUCCGAGCGAGGUAGCUGCUGGCGGCAGCAGACCGCCUACCCGCGAGAAAAUCGAUCAACUCAAGGGCGACGCGAAGGCGAUCACUAAAUUGCUCAAGGACAGCAAAUAUCAAAUGUAAAGAUGUCUGGGUCUGGAAGAAUCCGAACUUGUGAUGCUGCAUUUGGAUUCUAAAAAAAUCUGUAUUGCAUGACCAGCAAAGGGAAUGCAAUUUUGGCUACGCGGCGAGGGCAUUUGUCAUGCGGAAUAGGUAUCCCGAAGCCCUCAAAAAGUCUGUGAUGCUAGGGCAUGCAUCACAGACAUCGUGGCCCCUGCAAAACGUGCAUGACAAGUUUCAGAAUCUUCAGACCCAGACAUUUUUACAUUUGAAAGCAAAAAGUGGACCGAGUUGACGCAGAGCGUUUUUUCUAUCCUGUGCAAAAGUAUCGCACUCGUACUAAUCGCAUUCAUGCAAUACAAAUUUCUUUCUAAAGUUAAAUCCGCAUUACAAAUUUUCUUUCUCAUGCUGACGAAAGUUGUCAUGCGAUUUAUACUAGUACGAUGCUUUUGCAUUUCAUAUUUUCGGAGCUGCAGCAGAAAGACCAGCUCGAGAAGAAAUUCAACACCGUUGUCAAGCGGGCCGACGAGAAUGAAACGAAGGUACUAUUAGAGGAACUAAAUUCACACACUUUCAUUUGAUUCGUGAAUUGUGUUUGGGAUGAUUGUGAUUGCUUCAGACUCCCGACUACUUAAUUUGAAGCCGAAUUGGAAUUCGCACUCGAGGCGAGUGUGAUAAUUGCGAACAGGAAUGGGUUACACAUUGUCUCUCUCUUCACUCGCACAGCUCGCGAAGCUGCAACGGGGCCUCGAGGAGGAAAAGCAGGCCCUUUGGGCGGAGGCUAGAAAAGAAAAAUCGGACGCAGUGGAGCAGCUGGCAACGGUGGAGGAACACUUGUCUGAAGCCAAGGAGCAAGUCGAAUACCUCACCAAGGCGCUCGCGAAACAUGAACACUCGUAUACUAUGCUACAGCUGCCGCCGUGCUUUGUUUGGUCAUACGUUAUCUUUGCUCUCUGCGAAGAACAGACCCUCACCUGCGUCAAAGAUGGACUUUGCCAUAUGUUUUCUGGCGAACUUCUUGCGUUCUUCCAAUUUAUCUUGUUUGUAUCGGGAAUGAAUCUUUACUAAGGUCCGAAGAAGCCGGGAAGACUACGGCCGGGCUUGAAGCAGAGGCGGAGUCCUUGCGCCGGCGGAACAGUGAGCUGGUUACACGCUGCAGUGAGUUGGAAGGCCGCUGCAAGGAAUUAGAGACGGCAAACUUCGAUUUGCUGAAACACAGCGAAAAGCAACAGAAAGAGUAAGUAGUUAAGUACUUAUCUAAAUGUCGACUUAAGUAAGUAUUUCUUCGUCGUUGUGCACGAGGAUGAAGUGAUUGAAGAUAAUGACCUUGCAACUGCGCAGCUGGCCGUUUGCGCUCGCGCUUCCCAUGUAGAUGGAAUUGAAAAUUCUCAGACUCUCUUCCCUAAUGGAGGCCAAUCACCAAGCCAAGGAGUCCGCGAUGCAGUACAAAACCGAAAGCGUCCGGAUCGGCAAUGCGUUGAAGGACGCCACGCAGAAGAUCGCCGAGAUGGCGAACUUUGGAAAGAAAUUUCUCGAGCCAACCCCGCCCACUCCCGCGGUAGACGUGCGUCCCGGAAGCCGCGGGCGCGUGAGUUUCAACAGUACAACCGGGAGUGGUGGGAAGAACAGGGUGGUAUUGGAUCCGCUACCACUGUCGGUCACGGGCACACAGGAACCCAUAGUAAGUCCAGUGAGCGGGUUUCAAAAGUGGGCAAACUUCUACGGUCUGCCAGAAAACGGAAAGCCGGAAGCGGCUGGUACAAUGUUGAGACAGAUAUUUUCACAAUCACAAUUAGGAUCUACUACUUCCUUGACCGUCAGCUAGGUUGUACUACCUGGCACUAAAUCAAUGGCAAAAGCGCGAUAUUGAUACGUCGCUACAGGUGCGUCGCUGGCUAAGACCCUGAAGCAGUCGUUCGUGGAAUCCGUAAAGAAAAAGUACGGCAACUUGAUCCGCGGUUGGCGGGUACUGGCCGCCUAUGCCUCGCAGGGAGACUCUUUGACUCUUGCGGAGUUUUCCAACGCGUAUAAACAAAUUGCUCCUUUACCUUGUUCAUUUCAUUGAAGAACGUUGAUGAGUCUCAAUGACAAUGUAGUUCUGGGUCUCGGUAUCUUGGAUGAAACGAAAAGGAAAAGAACAUACCCACAGCAUGUCUAUAAGUCAUGCAACACCUGAAUCAUCAUCGAAAGUCUUGAAACACCUCCGCUGCAGGUGCCACGAGCUUCACCUGAUCUCCGAGAAGAACAUGAAAAUGACCUUCCACGACUUUGUCGGGAAUUUCCACGGGAAGCUGACCCUACCCGACCUCGAUUCCGAAUCUUACCGCGCCUGGAGCAACCUACGGCUGAAACUGCAAGACCUGUUUGGUUCGACCGUGCACGGGAUACGCGAGAUGUUUGGCCCGAAAGCCAGCCUCUCCGCGGAGGACUUUCUGCACUGCGUCGAGCACAUCAAGGUGCAGAAGGGAAAACUGCUGGUCACGUAUCUGCAAGUCGAGAACCGCGUUUACUCCGACUCGCUUGUCCUGAACGAAUCCGAAGUGCCGGCACUGAAGGUUGACAGUCAAACCUUGCUCGAGAUGCAGAAGAGCGGCAGCACCCUGUCUCCCGACGCAAAAAAAUUCCUCCAGCGCGAGCAGGCGCAGGAAAAGCGCGCGAGCCGGGCGAGCGCCCCAUCUGCUGCGAUGAGGCGCGGCUCCCCGGACUUGUACACAUCAAAUCAGCCGACGGACUCUCCGGAACUCGGUGGGACCACGCUCGAGCCGCCAAUGAGUGCGAGUUACUACGCGACGAGUAGCCCGAUGCUAGAGCAGUCUUUGAAGAAGGAGAAGCUCACCGGGGCACAGUUGUUUGAAAAUUUGAAGAGGCUGCUCAUCAAGAAGUAUCGGUCCCUGUCCCUCGCGUGGAAAACUGCCUUCGACGUGCAGGGCCGAGGCCACUGCGGGUCGCAGCACUUUGCUGCGGUGUGCCGCGGGUUGGGCUUCGAGGGGGCGAAUAGCGUAUGGCGGGAGGUGGUGCAGUGGCGCUCAAAGAGCGGUUUGUUGACCUACGCGGAUCUCGACCCCGAGGGUGCGCAACUGAUCUACGAGUUAAAAGCCAGGAUGGUUGACAAGUAAGUACAUGCUUGCAAUAGACGAAAAUUGUAAAGUUAUGCGUGAGACUGCUCCUUCGUUCUAGAAGUAUCGUGGAAGAUGUUUAUGUUGAUCAACAUGAUUUUUGAUCAACAUGAUUUUUGAUCAACACGCUCGUGCACCCCAAUAAACAAGGUAUCGCGACUUCGUCACUGCCUGGGUCGUCGGUAUCGAUAUGGAUGGCAGCAACCGCGUUUCUGAGGCCGACUUUGUGAAUACGGUAUCUAGUGGCAAAUUUGGUGACUUUUCGGAAGUGGAAUCGCGGCAGCUGUUCCGUUUACUGCGCUCUGCGGACAAGAAGUUCCUGCAGCUCCACGAUAUCGACGUCAAAGCGGGUCAACAGCUGAUGGACGGCAAUCUGCCUCCCUAUGUGGACCAAAUGAAGGCGGAAGCGAGGAAGCAGCUCAGUCGCGGCAUGAGCCGGGAAAGGAGAACCGAGUUUUUGGUCAGGCAGAAUUCGCACGAGGUAUCUUGUUAUCAUUCACCUGAUCGUGUCAUGAGCCCAUAAGCGCGAGUACCUUCUUCUUCUGUGUCUCUCUGCCUUUUGUUUUCGCUGUGUUGAUGAAGUAUCUAUUGAAUGUUGUCGCUGGAUUCCAUUCUAUUUGCACUAGAUCCACGCCUUCCGGACGGAGUUUGCGCAGCACAAGCGGCAGCAGCUGAACGCUAAGGAUGAACGGCGGCAGAGCCGGGACAUGGGGGCGAGUUCCAAGGAGGAGUUCCUGAGCUUUCUGAAGCGCAAGUACGGAAACCUGCCCCGCGCCUGGCGCACGGCCUUCGACACGGACGGCAACGGGAAAGUUUCGCAGCAGGAGUUCUUCAGUGUCUGUCGACACCUGAACGCCUUUAUCGGCGACGUGAGCAAGUUGUUUUCCGAGUUCGACGUGGACCAGAGCGGCAUUUUGUCCCUCGCGGAGGUCGACCCGGCGGCGUGGCGGAUUUUGUCCAAUUUUGAGGACAAGUGUCUCGAGGCGGUGGCUGCUUCCUCCUCGCGGGGGGCGGUAGUGGUCCAGCCCCCCUCUGCGUCCACGACGAUUGGCGGUGCGCAAUCCGGGUCCGACGCGUCGGAGCCAAGCGGUGCAGCUGUUCCCCGUGGGCGCACGGGAGCGUUGGCGAAGUGGUGGAGCGUGUUCUUCGCCGAUCAGGAUUUUGCGGAGCACGACCUCCUGCGCCGUAUGCAGGACAACAGCGCGGUGACGGCGACAAUUCUGAAGAUCGAUUUCACCAGGUUCCAGGCCAUCUGUGCGAAGGAUUUGAAUUUGCACAACGAAGUGACGGUCAGGAAGCUGUUUUCCUACUUUGCAAAGGAGGAGGGAUCCACGUUUCUGACCGAAACGGAUUUUAAGGCGAUGGACAUCCCGAAAAUGCGGGACAUGCGCGAGCGCAAGCGUCGUAGCAGCAACGCAUUUGGGGGCGGCGCGCGAUCUCGGAGCACGUCGCUCCAAAGCUCAAAGCAGGCGAGCGCCAGUCCAUCCGAGAACGAGGGAGCCAGCAACGUCGUGAGUCCUGCGGUCCCGGAGGAGGGGAUUGUCGGUAGUACAGCCGGGGCCGCGGCCACCGAAGUGUUGAAGGCCGCAAAGCCGGAAGAAGCGAGCAAGUCGGAGGAAGAAACAGAUGCAUAUCACAAGAAAAAAGUGUUACAGUUACACAUUUGUUGGAGUUUCUGCAUCACAAAUUUUCUCUGUGUGGCAGGGAAAACUUGUAAUGCGAAGAUCAUUAGGGAAAACAGGAAGGAAACGAGGCUCCCAAGCAUUUCCUGCAUGAGAAAGGUUAUCUGUGUUGCUGGUCUUGCAACACAAUGUGUAACUGUAACACUUUUUUCUUGCGAUACUGCAGAUGCCGACCACAGCAGCAGCACAAGCGCCGAGGCAAGUGGAGGUUCCAGCACGGAGCCGGAACCUGCAGCGGAUCAGGUCGGUCUUGCAAAAAAGAAUGACGCCGAUGUUCUUGGAGCGAGUGCCAGUGAGGAAGAAGAUCCUAUCUUGGGAGCCUCACAGGAAACCGCAGAAGAGGAGGAAGUAACGAAACCAGCAGGAGAACAGGAUCCAAGUGCUGCUACAAUAGACAAGGCUGAAGAAUCUUCUGCUCCGGAGGGCGGACAGGAAAUUAUCAUUCCUACUCGAUCUGCAGCGAAAGAUGACGAAGAGCCGCCAGCAGCAGUAGAGGCUGCGACCACCACGACAACGUCCGACAUUGACGAGUUUUGCGUGACCUUCGUCGAGGCGAAUGAGGGUGACUGCAGCCGCGCGUGGGGCAACCUCUUCGGCACCGACGAGGAUGUCGAGGAAGCCAAGUUUGUCGACUUUUGCAAGGCCGUGCGGGCGAAGGGGUUCCAGGGCAACUUGAAGCUUCUGUGGACCAAGUUCGGUGGGACGGAUACACUCUGCCCCGGUGACAUGGAAGAAAAGCUGUUCUUCUGACUCUAAUCUUUGGAAACACAUUCACCAAAAAAUGAAUCCUGCUCUACUGCGAAUGUCAAAAACAAAGAUGUCAAAAACAAAGAUAGAAAGAUGGAACUUUAACUAGACUCGUCAUGAUUGUCCUGGACCUAGAUGGCAAUUGACGAAGCGAAAAUCUAUGUGAAACUUGCAAGACGGUGCUAUAAUUUGUACGAUUGUAUCAACUGCGCAAAAGUAAAAAUUCGAAUGAAUACAGACCGAUUUCUCAUUCUCUUGUUUCACUAGCUACUUCUAUUUGCAUCUUACUUGUUGAUGAUCUUUCUUGUUACAUCAGCAGGGCCAAGAGCAGGGCCAUGGUAGCCUCAGCGAUUGCCAGUCCGACUCUUGGUCGCGGUUUCUCCAGAUCAAAUGUACGAUUCCUCUUCCUCGAUGCUUGACUAUCUUCCGAAAUGCAACCUUAGGCCCUGAUUUGAAAUGGAAAUCAACGAUGAGAAAAACGUGGCCUUCAUGUUUGAUGCUCGUUUCCACCGUCAUGGCCCAAACAUGGAGCAUCAAGCGGACGAAUUUAAGAUACCGGUGGAAGAUAGAGGAUUGGCUAUCGCUCCAGGUUUGUAGCCACAGCGCAAACCACUACCACAUCCAGCAGCGGGGCUUCACCCACAGAAAAAAAAAAUAGAUUGUUUGCUCAACCGGCUACGCAGACAGCAAUGC